AUGAUUUUCAGCACCAAUGUUAACUCUCAAUUACAGCAGGAAAUUAUGGCCUCUUGGGGGAUACAGCAGGCUCAUAAGUAUGAUAAGUAUCUUGGCCUCCCAUCAGUGGUAGGAAGAUCUAAGAAAAGGGCAUUCGCAAGCAUCAAAAGCAAGGUUUGGAAGAAGCUUCAAGGAUGGAAGGAGAGGCUGCUAUCACAAGGGGGGAAGGAAGUACUAAUUAAAGCAGUAGCCUUAUCAAUCCCUUCAUACUCCAUGAGUUGCUUCAAACUACUUGAAAGCCUGUGCAAAGAGUUAGAGAAUAUGAUGGCAAAGUUUUGGUGGGGCCAAAGGAGGGAGGAAAACAAAAUCAGGUGGCGAGUGGGGGAUGGAGAGUCCAUAAACAUCUGGACUGAUGUCUGGCUGCCAGGGCAGAACCAAAUCCCCUUGGACCAAGGUCAAGACUGCAAGAGCAGUUGCCAACAAGUUGUACAGUUGAUUGAUGGGGAGACAGGUUGGUGGGAUGCUGAAAUAGUUAGGAGAACUCUUCCUCCAAGAGAAGCUUUUGAAGUCCUGAGGAUGCCCCUUAGAACCAUAGGGCAGAAGGGAGCUGCUAAAACUAUCAGGCACUUCGAGGUUUCUGGAAGCAGCUAUGGACAAUGCCAAUACCACACAGGGUUAGAGUCUUCUCAUGGAGAGCAUGCAAGCAUGGACUGCCCACUUUGCAAAACCUGA